AUGUGGUCAGUGGUACACUUUAAAUUGGAUGAUACGGUUGAGGUUGUACCCGAAAAUUGGUGUAUUAAAAAAGGUUGUUGUGCAUGGCCGAAUACAAAAAAAAUAAGUGAAUUGAAAAAUGCAGUUAUUAACAGAAUAAAGCCGAAAAAAAACACGUUUAAUUUCUUUGAAGCACGGACUUUGGCUUCUAAUAUUGAUGAUUUUCAAGUGGCUCAAAAGAAAUGCUCUGUGGCAAAAACUAAAUCUGAUCUUUCGUCAUCAGAAGACACAUUAAAACAUCGAAAAGUCCGAAAACAAAAAGUUGUGAACAAUUCUGAUUCUGCAGAUGGAGAGUUUUCUGACAAUGAGUCAUCUGAUAGUAUGCCAUCAUUAUCUUCAACAGAUGAUGAACUUCAAGUUAAAAAGUCUAAUGAAUUAUCAUUAAAAUCUAGUAUGCAACAGCAAAAAUUAACAAUUUCUAAAGACCCUGGAUGGUCUCCUUUAAAAUGUUCGGUGAUUGAAUCUUCAGAUGCACAAAUUACAUCAACUCCAGUUCCUCAAAAAACUGACCCAUUUAUCACAGAUAUUAAAAGUUUGAAAUCUAAAUCCAAAUACUACCAUAAUGAUAUUGGUAAUAGUAGUGUUCCUUCAGAGGAUGAUGUAAAUGCACAGACAAAUCAUUCUAACAAAACUUCUUUGACCACCAAGAUAGCUAUUUUAUCUCCUCAAAAGUUUGUAGACAAUAGUAGUGGUUUAAACAGUACUAUCAUUGCUAAAGGAGAUCACCCACAUUCAUCAUUAGCUAAAAGAAGUUUAUUUUCUGACUUGGAUGAAUCUCCAAGCCUCGUUGUAAUUGACAGUCCGAUAAACAUUUCUUCAAGAACAUUAUCUGCUGACCAUUGUGUAAUCAUCAAAUCUACUGAAAGUAAAUCGUCUAAUUCAAAACAACAAAAAACUUUACAUAAAGAUGAACAGUAUGCAAAAUUGUUAAAUUUUAUGGUAACAACGAAAUACGAAUUAAGGUCAAUACAGGAAAAAUUGGACAUCAUUAUUCAGCGAGAUGAAGAAAAAAACUUAACAAAAACUAAUGAUUUUAGUAUAUAUGACACUGCUGAUAUAGAUACUAAACUACCAAUCAAAACUCAAGAAAAAUUGGAAGAAUUAGAAAAUGAAUUGUCUAACAAUAAACAUUAUCGGUGUCUGAUGGUGAAACGUUUAUCAUCUGUGGGUGGAAGGUCGAUAAAAAUCAUGGUUAAACGAAUAAUGGCUUUAACUUUUUUUCCGGAAUUAUUAUGUGAAUUUUCUUAUAAUGGCCGCGGUAACAAGAAACGAACAUUUCAGAAACUCCUAGUUAAUAAAGUUAUUUUUGUCCUUACUAUCAAAAAAUUUGCAAUGACUGAUAACGCAACCAAUGAAAUUGAACAAAUUAUAAAGUAUGUUCUUAUUCAAACGCCGUUCAAAAUCAAAGAUCGUACUGCAAGAAAAGAUUUUGUUUAA